GGGCAAUAAUUUUGGAAUGAUGAAAAAAGUAUGUGAAGUGUGGGAAGAGACAAUAGUUUCACCCAAUUGCAGGUGCGCAGGCCCAAUGUGCCUUUGAGUGCAAUGGGCUUGCGUCGGGUUCGCGCCUUCCAAUCCAAAUCUGUUCACUUCCACCAUUUUCUGACACCUAUCUCGGCCUAACAAAACCGUCUCCUUUCUUUCUCCCCCCUUCUCGUUUUUGAUACUCAUGCUCGAACCGCUGUGGAAUCAAACCCUAACCAGGCCCUUUAAAGAUUUUUAGGUGCUCUCUCUUUCCCUCUCUUUAUUUGUUUGUUGCAAUUGAGUAUUUUCAUUUCUGUAUUUGGGAAAAAAAUUGGGAGACGGUACUCGGAAGUCUGGAUGGAAGCUUUUUAGGGUUAUUUGCUCGGAUAUGUUACCGGCGUGCCAGUUCCCGAUUCGACUUCUGUUGGGUUUAAAUAAAGCUGCUUCUUUUAGAGCAUUACUCAUCAUUUUCAGCUGUCCUGUUCGGGUUCGGGUUCUGGGCUCGGGUUCAGCGGCCCUGGAGGCCCACUCACCGGGUAUUUCUAAAAUAUUAAGAAAGCAAUGGAGAUAGAAGAUGGCUCGGUCAUAGUGAAUUCCAGCAGACUGAAAUCUGUUGUGUGGAAUGAUUUUGAUAGGGUCAGGAAAGGCGACACUUUCAUAGCAAUUUGUAGGCACUGCAAUAGGAAGCUAAGUGGGUCAAGCACUAGCGGCACUUCACAUUUGAGGAAUCACUUAAUCAGAUGUAGAAGAAAAUCCAACCAAGACAUUAGCCCCUUAAUAACAACAAGGGGAAAACGGAAGGAAACAACCCUCGCCAUUUCAAAUUUUACUUUUGACCACAGAAAUGAUGAAUCCGUCAGCAUUGUGAGAGCAAACAAGCUAGAUAACCAUGGCAAAGAAGGGGGCAAUAUAGCAACUUUUAAUUUUGAUAACAGACAGAGUCGGCUCGAUCUUGCCCGCAUGAUCAUAUUACAUGGGUACCCUUUAGCUAUGGUCGAGCACACUGGAUUUAGGGUUUUUGCUAGAAAUCUCCAACCCUUUUUUGACAUUCCAACGUUUGAUGGGGUGGAGGCUGAUUGUAGGGAAAUUUAUCUGAAGGAGAGGCAGAAAGUGUAUGAGGAGUUGGAUAAAUUGCCAGGUAUAAGUUUAACUGCCGACACGUGGACUGCCAAUGGAGAUGCCGAAUACUUAUGCUUGACAGCCCAUUACAUUGACGAUUCUUGGCAACUGAAGAAGAAGAUUCUCAACUUUUUAAUGAUUGAUCAUUCUCUAACAGUAGAUACAAUUUCAGAAAUAAUCAUGAUAAGUCUGAGAAAUUGGGAUAUUGACAGGAAGUUGUUUUCAGUGACAUUCGAUACUUAUUCUUUAUAUGACAAAAUCAUUGGGAGAAUCAGAGAGCAACUCUGUCAACACCGGUUUCUCCUUUGUGAUGGCCAAUUGUUUGAUAUACGUUGUGUAGCGGAUUUGGUCAAGAUGAUGGUCAAAGAUGCUUUGGAGAAGUCAUUUGAGAUAGUCAACAAGGUUCAAGAGAGUAUUCGAUACGUUCAGCAAUCACAGUCAACACAAGAAAAGUUCUAUAAGAUGGCUCAAGAUGCUGGAAUUAGCCGCCAGAAAGUCCUUUGUCUUGAUAAUAAGAACCAGUGGAGCUCCACAUACAUUAUGCUCGAAACUGCUUUGGAUUACAAAGAUGCUUUUACUCUUUUGCAAGAACAUGAUUCUCGGUACAGGGCGUGCCCAUCUACUGAAGAGUGGGACAGGGCUAGUUCCAUCACUGGUUUUCUCAAGCACUUUUUUGACAUUUCAUGUGCUUUUUCAGGUUCCAAAUAUUCCACUGCGAACAUGUAUUUCCCUGAUAUAUGUGAACUUCAUUUGAAGUUGAUAGGGUGGUGUCAAAACUCGGACGAUUUUGUUCGCUCUUUGGCAUUAAAGAUGAAAAACAGGUUUGAUGAGUAUUGGAAUAAGUGCAGUCUGGCAUUGGCAAUUGCGGCAAUCUUAGAUCCUCGAUUCAAGAUGAACGUGCUAAAUUUUUUUUAUCCUCAAAUUUAUGGAGAUGAGUCAGCAACAUGCAUAGAUAUUGUUUCAAACUGUUUGAAGGCUUUGUACCAUGGUCAUGCAAUCUAUUCACCAUUAGCUUCUCAUGGUCCUAGUGGUGAUUCUAGAGAAGAUAGGUUGACGGGUUAUGACCAAUUCCUCUGUGAAACUUCUGAAAGUGAAGACAUAAAAUCAGACUUGGACAAGUAUUUGGCGGAACCUUUAUUUCCUAGAAAUGUUGAUUUUAACAUACUGGAUUGGUGGAAGGUUCACACUCCAACGUAUCCCAUAUUGUCUAUGAUGGCUUGCAACAUUCUUGGGAUUCCUCUGUCAAAAGGUGCACUCGAGUCUAUAUAUGACACUGGAAGUAGAGUGGUUGACAGUAGUCGAGGUUCACUAAGACCUGAUACUCUGCAAGCUUUGAUGUGUGCCCAGGACUGGAUGCGCCAUGAACUUGAAGUGACUGCUUUUACAGAUUGUAAAGACUCAUCAGGCACAUCCACUUUAGCUGAACACUAUGAUCCCAACUAAUUCCAAGAUUUGUGGGAUGCGGAUUUGUGAUUCAAGCAUUGACAUUCAGUUUGAACCGUCUGUACAUAUGUUUAAUCAGGAGGUUUCUUUACCUCUUUCAUGUUCAAUAUCAGCUGCAGGUUUAGUUUCAUUUUACAUCCCAUCUUGCUCAAAGUAGUGAAUCAUUGGAAAAAGAUUCCACUUUUAAAAAAAAUUGUUUAGCCCAACUCCUGGUACACACCUGUAAAUAAAUCUUUGGUCCCUAUGGUUUGGUUCCAAGUUUAGAAAUGCUGGCUGUGGUGUUUUGUCUGUAUAUGGCGUUUUGGCUAACUACUUUGUAAUUGCUGAGGUAGUAAUCUUAUUUCCAUCUUCAAAACUUCCUCAAUUGCACUGAUUUCUGUUGCACAAAUGCCUUCCACUUUUGGUUCCACUAUUGGGUUCUUAACUUUUGAUGUUAUCUCUCGUUUUUUUACUUUUGGUGCACUGUACACUACUAGUCUACUAUGAGUUUCUUGUCACUUCCAGUCCUGGUUUAUUUUUGCGGAUUAAAUGAUGGAAGAAUCAAAAGUAGCAAGAAUCUAUUGCUAUGCAUUCUUGGUGUUGUUGUUCUAAUGAUCUUAUUCCGGCUUUGGGUUUAUAAGUUUUACCUCAAGAUUCUGCACAUUGUGUCUUAAGGUUGUGCAUAGUUUGCUGCUAAAGUUGCUGGUAGAGAAUUCUGGGAAGGCAAGAAAAAGAGAAAAACUGAGAGAUCUGUAUUUCUUGGGAAAACUGUCAAAUAGGUCCUCGAACUUUCAUAAAAAAGUCAAUUAAGUCCUUCUAUAGGAGACUCUGUCCGGUCGUCGCAAUUUGGGGCGGUUCCUAGUGGAAUUUUUUGAUGAAAUUUUUUGAGCAUCUUAUUCAUCAAGUGUAGUUUACUCAUACCAAAUUUCAGCUAAAAAUUUAAUCGAGAACACAUUCAAAUUAAUUCGAGAACGCAAAAAUGCGCAGCUAGCUUCAAGAUUUAAUUUGAAUGUGUUCCCGAUUGAAUUUUUAGUUGAAAUUUGGUAUGACUAAACUAGACUUGGUGAAUAAGAUGCUCAAAAAAUUUCAUAAAAAAAAUCUACCGGGAAGUGCCCCAAAUCACGACGGCCGGACAAAACCUCCUAUAGAAGGACUUAAUUGACCUUUUUAUGAAAGUUCGAGGACCUAUUUGACAGUUUUCCCGUAUUUCUUUUGUAACAGAUCCGCUUUUGUACCAACGCCAAACCAAAAUACAAAGCAUUUCAAUGCUAGAAAUGCCUGUUUUUAUGUUUUUUUUUGUUCUUAUUCUAGUUAUUGUUAUGAUGCGUGUUAAUCUAUUAUUUUUGUCCAGGCCUUUAUAAUUGAGGCGUCAAUUUGUGUGUUAAGAUGAUGUUUCACGAAAUUCUGGUUCAGGCCGUAUUAUAAUCUGCUAUAUUUGAAUUGAAAUGUACAACAAAGACACUUCAGUACGUCUUUAAUAACAUUGGGUAGUUUCAAAUUGUUUUUAUAUUGGGAAACGCUACUUAUAUGGAGUAUUAAAGGGGUGUUUGGAUCUAAUUCUUAAAAUUGCUUCUGCUGCUUUAGCGAGCAGAAGCAGGAGUUGGGGUGUUUGAGUGAAAAUGCAGAAGUGAUUCUGAUGCUCUAAUUUAUUCUUAGAUAGGUGUGGACCCGGUUCGGACCGCCCGGCCCGGGACCGGCCCGGCCCGCCACUGUGCGGGCCCGGAACCGGCCUGGUUCUCGGGUCCGGGUCCGGUUCGGCCACAGACCCGGUCGGGUUAGCGGGACCGGGCUCGGGUCCUGGUUUUGGAGGCCCGGCCGGGUCUAGCCCUGGCCCGGGCCUAACGGUCCAAAAUUUAAUUUUUUUUUUUUUUUU